AAGGGAUGCUCUGAACGCAAGACUGCAGCAUCUUCACCGAGAGAGCGAGCAGGAAAAAACGUCUCUUUCUCCUCCAGCUCCGGACCCUCCUCACCCACCGUCACCCACCGUCACCCCUGCAGGGUGUCUUCACCAUCGGAGUCAGCCAGGACAGAAAAAAAACAGAAGAAGAAAUCAGAAUAACCUCCAGAUAUAUACCACGGAUUUGUUUUUUUUGUAUAAUUAUUAAUGCUUCAUCGACCUUUCCUUUCCUUGUUCGGUUGAUUCCUCCUCUUUGUCCCUCGGCUGUGUGUUUAGUUUCUUUAUUUACUGUUGGCUGUUGAUGAGGAGCGCCACCAUCCUGCACUGCCUGACAUGAGUACGCUCUUUUAUCCGGUUGCAGCGGAAUGACACACAUCUCCUAGCCUGCAUAUCAGAAGCUUGAUGGAAGAUUGACGCUCCAUUUGCACGUUUUUAGUAGCCUUAGAUCAUCUCCAUCUACAGAGGCUUCGGAUCUUCUCCUCCUCUGAGCCGCCGAUCCAUCCUGCGUCUCUUUCUUUCUUUCUUUCUCUCCCUGCGCAGCAGCAUCUCUGUACGCACAGCGCACCACGGAGACACACGCAGCUCACGCUCUCCGUACCGUAAGAAACAAGCGUAUUUUCAGAUUCCUAAAUCGCCUCCCUCCAAAGACUCAUCUGCACGGCGACGCUGCGUAAAAAACACACACACGGGAACAGGGGGGAUUUAAAACGCAAACGCAGCGCAAAGCAUCCCAAGAGCAAGCUCGAAAAAUGAUGGCCGGCGGAGCAGUACAGCAAAACGGGAUUUUUUCAAAUCCUCACCAUCACAAUCAACAACCACACAUGGAGUCCGAUCCCCCGGACUCACGUAAAAGACCCCUGGAGACUCCCACGGAGGCCAGCAGCACCAAACGCACAAACACGGGAGUGGCCUUCCUGCAGCCCCUUUUUGAAACUGAAGGAAUUGUAUUCCCUCACCAAGAAACUGAGACUCAUGAGGAAGGCGAGUACUUCCUGAAGGUUUUGAUUCCCAGCUAUGCGGCGGGGUCGAUCAUCGGGAAGGGAGGUCAGACCAUCGUCCAGCUGCAGAAAGAGACUGGAGCCACCAUCAAACUGUCCAAAUCCAAAGACUUCUACCCCGGAACGACAGAGCGCGUGUGUCUGAUCCAGGGGACGGUGGAGGCGCUGAACGGCGUCCAUGACUUCAUCGCUGAGAAAGUGAGGGAGAUGCCUCAGAGCACCCAGAAGACAGAGCCGGUCAGCAUCCUGCAGCCGCAGACCACCGUCAACCCCGACCGCGUCAAACAGGCCAAGCUGAUCGUCCCCAACAGCACAGCCGGUCUGAUCAUAGGUAAAGGUGGAGCUACAGUCAAGGCAGUGAUGGAGCAGUCCGGGGCGUGGGUCCAGCUAUCCCAGAAGCCCGAGGGCAUCAACCUGCAGGAACGUGUCGUCACCAUCAGCGGAGAGCCAGAACAGAAUCGCAAAGCUGUUGAGAUCAUCGUCCAGAAGAUCCAAGAGGAUCCGCAGAGCUCCUCCUGCCUCAACAUCUCCUACUCCAACAUCACCGGCCCCGUCGCCAACUCCAACCCCACCGGGUCUCCGUACGCCAACUCCACUGAGGUCAUGCCGGCCGCCGCAGCAGCCGCAGCAGCCACAGCUUCCUCUCUGCUGGGCCAGGCCAGCUUAGCCGGGGUAGGAGCCUUCCCGACCACCAUGUCCAGCCUCUCAGGCAACGAUCUGCUCGCCAUCACCUCUGCCCUCAACACUCUGGCCAGCUAUGGCUACAACACCAACUCCCUGGGCCUGGGCCUGAACCCUGCUGCAGCCUCAGGGGUGUUAGCUGCAGUAGCAGCUAAUGCUAACCCAGCAGCAGCGGCCGCAGCAAAUUUGUUAGCAUCCUAUGCUAGCGAUGCAUCCACCAGCGCAGGUCACCCAGCGGCCGCCCUCGGUGGCUUCUCCCUGGGGUCCCUGGCGGCAGCUACAGGGGCGACCAACGGUUACCUAAGCGCCGCGUCACCACUCGUGGCAUCAUCUCUACUCGCUACAGAGAAGCUCGCAGAAGGAGCAAAGGAAGUGGUCGAGAUCGCCGUGCCAGAAAACCUGGUCGGAGCCAUCUUGGGGAAAGGAGGGAAGACGCUAGUGGAGUACCAGGAGCUAACCGGUGCCAGGAUCCAGAUCUCCAAGAAAGGCGAGUUCAUCCCCGGAACCCGGAACAGGAAGGUGACCAUCACGGGCUCCCAGGCCGCCACGCAGGCCGCACAGUACCUGAUCAGCCAGCGAAUCACCUACGAGCAGGGGGUACGCGCCACCAACCCACAGAAGGUGGGCUAAACCUGACAGCCAAUGAGAAACGAGGAGGAAAAGAGGAAAAAAAAAAGAGUGGGGGCUUGGGGGAGGAGUAUAAAAAAGUGAGAGUGAGAAUGGAAAAAGGAGAGGAGAGCAAGAAUGUCAGAAGGAAUCGUCCGCGCCGUUUUCCUCUGCGUGUUUUCAGUAUUCUCUAUUAAAAAAAAGUUUUUUGACGCGGAGCAAAAAUGUGCUGAGAAGACGAGGAGGGAGAGGAGCGAAUUAUCACGCUGAAAAACCAAGAAAAAAAUGUGUAACAUGUAAAUAAGGUUUUAUUACUUACCGUCUUGACCUUUUGGGAUUUUUUAUUGUUUUGUUUUGUUUAGUAAAUUAAGCUGUCUGUUUGUUCGUUUGUGUAUUGUGUGGACAAAGCUGAAUGCCAUGUAGACAGGCCGACCGCCUGAGAGGCUACAGGACGUGGGGGGAGGGAGGGAGGGGCGUGGGGGGAGAAGGGUUUACACCAACAGGGUACAACCCUCCUCCCUCCAACCCUGAAUCCCCUCUGAAGUAACCCCCUGCCCCUCCCUCCUCCUACAGCCCCAAACCAACACCCUCCAGUAGGGGUUUGUUUUCUUCUAGAUUUGAUUUGCCCCUCAGAACCCUCGCCCCGCCUCCUCCAAAAAGCCCCUCUCACUACUUGCCCCCACCCCCCACCCCAAUUUAUAAGGGUUUUAUAAUGAGCAAGACUGCAAACUUCAGCCUCGUGUGUGAGAGAAGAAACGACCUCGACUCCCCCCCGACACCUUUAUUAUUCCUCUCCCCCCUCACAUAUGAUCUAACCUCCCCCCUCCUUUACCUCUGUCUGGGAGGACGGGUGAGGUGAACUAGAGGAAGGGGGGGAUGUCGGGGGGGACAGAAUCAGCUGGGCGUUUCUUCAUUUGCACACACACACACCCCCCAACCCCGCCCCCCACCUCCAACCCCCCCGUUUACCCUGUGAUGUAUCCCACAAGCAGUGCAGCGCCGCAGGGGUGUUACGACACGUAGCGCCCUCCAUACGCAGCUCUAGUGUUUGAGAUAGAAAGCCCCGGCGCACGCUGAUGACCUCACGUAGUGCGAAAACCUAAAAAUCAACGAGAGUGAUACUGUGCAAGCUGCGGCAAAACACACACACAGGAUCUGUGGCAUUUCCUUUUGCAGUCUGCUGUGAUAAUUCUGUUAAUGAUUUUGUCCUGAUUAUUAUUACGAUAGGAUUCUCACCAUCGUCAUUAUUUAUUGAUGAGUUCACCCAGAAAAGGCUCAGUUCUUUCUUUUUUAUCUGUGAAUUCAGGUUGACAUGAAUGUAAAUGAGACUAUUUUUGAUUUGAAUCUUUUGUUUUUAAUUUAAGUGGAUUGAAGAUGAAUAGUAAUGUCACAUAGUGUAAUAUAUGUCUUAUUUAAGUCCAGUAAGAAAGCCGCCCCAGGCAUUAAGAUCAUUAGAGUGAAGGAUCACCUUAUAUAUAUCCAGUCAGAAAGUAGAACAGGGAAUACACACACACACAUACGCACACACACACUGAAACAAAAACACUAUGAUGCCAUAUUUGGUGCUAGAAAAGGGAGUUCACCAUAUCUAUGAUGCAGACUGCAGUGAGACCUCUACUUCAGCAAGAAUCUAUCUGUAAACCACUCACACCACAGGCUGCAGUGCAGCGUUUUAGCAGCUAUAUUAACCUGAAACCUCCUGUUAUCAUGCUCAGCUAACCCAGCUCAUGCUGCAGAAUAUCCCUGCUGUUCCUUAUCUGUAGUAAAAUGCCCUGUUACAGUUUGCCUACAAUGUAAAAAUUGUGACUGGAAUGAAUAAUUGAGUUGAGCUGAGACUUGUUCUCAGAUGAACUGCUACAGUCUGUGGACUCCAAAACCUUACGAUGAACCACAGAUCCAGUUAGAGCACUUAAGACUCACUACGUACUACUGAGAAACGCAAACAUUGAGUCAGAGGAAACACUGAAAACUUGACGAGGGAACAUUGUUCGUCCGGGGUCUGCUGCUAAAUCUGCAAACCUCGCUUGUAGAUUUUGCUAUUUUCAGGCAGCGUGCAUAUCAGUAAGGGAGAUAAACAGCUGAUCUUUGCCCUUAUCAAACAUCCGUCCGCCCGCCUGCCCACGAAGUCAGGGGCAGACCAGGAGAGAUCCCAACAUACGUCUCUGCCUCCGGCAAACUGCAGGUCUCCCAUGUUAACAGGUUCACUGCCCACUGUAGACCCAGGAGGCUGCUGAAAAUGUUUCUUUUGUUGUUAUUUUUUUUGUUUGUGUCGUGUUUUUGUUUUUUACAAUCGGAGUACACUGAAUUUUUUGUCUUAAUGCACUGUGAAGCGAGUGAGCGGCUCUCGGCCUGUGAGGUCAGGGACGUGUGCUGUAGUGAUUGGACGGCUUUCGUAUGGCAGGGAUUUCAAAAACAAAAAAAAAACAACACACAUAUAUGAAAUAUAUGUAGAAUGCAUAUGAAGAACUUCAGCAGAAAUGCACGUUUCAUAUCUGAAUACUGAAGGAGGCGAAAGAGAGUAGGUCGAUGAAGAUGAUCAAUCAAUGAGGUCAAGAGUUGAGAUCAAUGAGAUUCUACUUUCCUGUUGUCCUGAUCAAGUGUUUUGUAAUGAGAGGGUGGGAUGUCGGGGAGUGUUAGGUGUCCAGAAGCAGAUUAAAGAGACUGGAACAAAUUCUAAAUUUACUUUUCUAUCGCAGCUGUGUCUUUUUCAUAAAUUGAUAAUGUUCUGUUCAUACGACGGGCUAAUCCUGGACACAAACUCCAGCAGGAGUCCGAGUGUGAUGGAAAGUAAAAUGCCUAAAAAAAUGAGGAGGGUGUGCAUUUGAUUUAUUGACCUAAACAGCCUGGUGAGGGGAGGAAACUCCUCUUAAGAUCUGACAAACCUUUUUGAUUCUCUCAAACCAAUCCGACCCAAAAAUCCUCUGAAUGUGUCACUCUGUGUUGGAGCGCCAGUGAGGGUUUAUCUCCACCGCUUGGUAAGGAGGCUUCUUUACUCCCAUCUAACACCAUCCACACUCUCCUCACCCUCCCUCCCACCCGUCCUCCAGUGCACUCCCAUCCUGACACACCCCCUCUCCUCCUACCACAUCGCUCCAUGGGUGACUAUGUCUGGUGUUAUGAUCAAUGCAUGUCUGCUGCUUGCACCGACAAACGCCACAGAUUGAGUUCUCUUCGGUGACGCAGCACCGUCAGAAAUACAACCACCACACCUGCAGAGGAGGUCGUAGCUGAGGCCGGCAGGGCACGAAGGAUCUGGAGUUUAUUUUGUGACACUGAGUGUUUAACCUUGCUGCACAGACAUAAAACAAACACAUAUCGUUAGGGAAUAUUUGAGCACUGAUGGAGUUUAACUGGAGCUUUUGUUUGAUAUUAUGUGGCUAACAUCUUAUUGAGGAAGAUAGCAUGCUUUUAUUCAACUGUGGAGAUGUGCUGUGCUGAUUUUCCACUUUAGGACUGUUA